UAUUUUUCUGCUAUAAAGGGAAAAAUAUUCUUGUAAUACACAUAAAUAUAUUUUAUAAAGCAUAAUUUUCGCAAUGGAAGAAGAAGCUGCCAGGGUUAGAAUUGCUGACGGAGCUGAUAAAGAGUAUAAACAACAAGGGUCUAAAACCAGUAUGAAGAAGUCAUUGCUUAAACCCAUUAGAAGACUAGAACCCACUACAGAAGAGACCGAACAAGAUACGAAAUCAACGGAGUAUGAAAAUGAAAUCGAAACAACUCGUAUACAAACUAUUAUUGAAGUGCUUGACGAAGAACUAUUCUCCAGUGAUUCUGAUGUAUCACUUAUGAUGAAGCCCGAUUACUUAGAACAAGCAGAACUAGAGGAAUCCCUCGAUUUUUUCGAAAAACUGGGCUCCAUACCUGCCAUAGCCGAUUUUGAAGAAAAAGAGUCGAUUAUAAAAGCUGUGACCAAAGUUGCUAAAUUAACAGAAAGGAAGGAGGGGCAAGAUAUUGGCUCAUUUGUCGACCCACUAACUGGUGAGCAAUUACCCCCUAGCGUGCAAGAAGAAGAAGAAGAAGAGGAAGAAAUGUCAGUGGAAGAGGAGUCUUCCUCAUCGGGAGACUUGGAAAUUACAGAAGAUGAUGAGUUGCUUGAAUUACUAAAAGCCGACCAACGUGUCGAAAUACCUAAGGUGUUAGAUGAGGCAGAAGUAUUUGAAACAUUUCUGGAAAUGGAAAAAGGCAGCAUUGUGGUAGAUACAGAGGAAUUCGAUUGGGUGGCACUGGAACGUGAAAGGGAACGCCAAAAGAUAGCAGCGGAUGCAGAUGUGUUUCUGAAAGAGCUCAUCGCACAUGUUGUAGAGAAAUGUGAAUAUAUCGAUCCGAAAGUGUUGCUGCGUCAGAAUCUUAAUAAAGCUGCACUAAUUGAACAGAUUUCAAAAAAAUUGGAUCAACUGGAAUUGGAGCAGAAAACACGUACGUUUCUUAGUCGGCGUGUUGCCGAAUUUCACUACCGCAAGGGUCGUUAUCGUGUUUUUGCUGAUGAUGCACCCGAAACUAUUAAUGCAGAAAUCAAUAAGUUCAAGGACGCCACAAAAAAACUGGAUCACAUUCUUGCCAGAGAAGAGGAGGUAAGGAGAAUUUCGGAAGAAAAAAUGGCUAAUCUGCGGGAAGAGGAGUGGUUCAUGCAGGAGAAAAAUCAUGAAAAAUUACAAGAAUUGGAACAACUUGUCAGAAAGACUUUCGCCUAUCCAGGCGAACGGCUAGUGACGGUGGUUGAUUCGGAAUUGCAAGUUAUGGCAAAGGUGCGCGAUGAAAUCUCAAAAGUGCGAUUAGUGAUGAUUGAGAACCAACAUUCCAAUGCCAAGAUGACGGAGAAACUUAAGCAAUUGGAAGAUAUUGGCAACAACUUACUCUUGCGUGAAUACGAGAGCAUGCAAAAUGAGGUGCAAGCAUUGGGUAAAAAAAUCGAAGAGCGCAAUGUCGACCUAAACAAGUCGCGCAUGCGUUGCAAUGCAGAUCUACACAAGAUGGGGCAUUUAAAGGAGAAACAGGCUAUGCUGCGCGAUAAAAUUAGAAUACAAAAAUCAAUGAUGGGCUUGCUGGAUGAGCAGAAGAAAAGCGCACGCGAGAAUAUUUAUAAUUCGAAAACCGAACGAAAUGUAGUAAGAAAAGAAAUCAAAGAGCUAAGGUACCAAAGUGGCUUACUCGAUAAACCAGCGCUAAUGAUGGACUAUGAUAAUACAGUGGUACAACUGAAAAAAGUCGGAAAGGCAGUAGAGAAAUUGCGUGAUAAACAAGAGGACUUACAGCGUAAAAUAGCUAAGCUGGAGAGUAAAUGUUUGUAAUUGUGUUGGCAAUUGUGCUCAAUUAUAACUGUAAAAAAAGCGCAUCGGUUCUGACUCUAUGAAAAAUAAAAAAUGCAGGU